AUGGCGGAACCGUCUGAGUCGGUUCUCUUUGUAAUUAGUGGGAUUCCGUGCCGGUUUCGUUCGGCCCAGCUGCGGAAUUAUUUCAGCCAGCUCACGGAGAGCGGCGGUUUUGUGUGUUUUCACUAUCGACAUCGGCCUGAAAGCCUGGGGCCCGCGCCAAUGAGAACCGGCACCCGGUGCUGCCCUGUGGCUGUCAAACCGGACAGGGCCAGGAGCUUCGUGCAAAUGUAUCACGGGAAGCCUUGGCUGGAUACAGACGGGAGCCUGGCCCCCGGCCAGUGUCAGAUUCGCAGGGUUAGCGAAGGUCCAGAGCCAGCUCCACCUGAUUUCCCUUACAAGACACGUCGAGAGCUUCUUGAAGGAAGGCAUCUGGGAUCUGAAGAGGAGAAGCCUGUGACUGCUGCAGAAUUAAGAAAGCUGUCUGAGCUCAACCCUCCAACACUAAUGCCUCAGGGUAAUGUGGGGACCCCCACGGAGUUCUUCCUGCAGAUGAUCCGCGCUUGUCGGCUGCCACCCAGGCUCAUCACCAAAUUGGGUCUACGCUUCCCCGGCAAGGGUCGGCGAUAUGGCAAGGUUCCAUUUUUAUAUCGUGGGACUGAGACUGCGAAGGGGAAGCAAGGAGUCUAUACUGCUAGUGGACAAGAAAUUACGGAGGAAUCUGAAAUCAAAGUGGUGACACCAGAUGUGGCUUCAGAUGAGCAUUCUGGUUCUGAUGAUGACAACGACACGUGUGAAGAGUGGGAAAGACACGAGGCCCUGCAUGAUGAUGUUACCACACAGGAACGGAGCAAGGAACGGCUAUAUGAGGAGAAAAUUGAGCUGAAGUGGGAGAAGGGUGGCUCUGGUCUAGUUUUCUAUACUGAUGCUCAGAUAUGGCAGGAAAAGGAAGGAGAUUUUGAUGAGCAGACAGCAGACGAUUGGGAUGUGGAUAUGAGUGGAUAUUAUGAAGACGGGGCUGGAGACAAGGAUGCGAGAGAUUACCUGAAAAUGCGCUUAGAGACGAGGAGGCGUGAAGGUCUGGAAGUUGGGGGCUCUCAUGGCCUGGGUGGUUUUGAACGAUUCACAAAGGGCAUUGGACGUCGGUUGAUGGAGCGUCAGGGAUGGACAGAUGGCUCUGGUCUAGGGGCUAGUGGAAGGGGAAUGCCAGAUGCAUUGGAGAAUGAAGGGCAGAACCCUAAGUGCAGGAGAGGCCUAGGCUACCAUGGAGAGAAGUUGCAAACGUUUUGCUCCAAAAAACAAAAAUCCAGUCAUUUUAUCUCUACUGUGUACGAUGAGCCAUUUUCUGAAGACAUGGGAGAUGCGCUACUACGACGCCAGCCUUCCACUGCCAUGAAGCAUCGCGGUGAUAGUGUGCACUCAUAGAAAGUGAAGAGCAGAUUUGAAAAAUGGAACGCAAGUGUGUGGAUCAUCUGUGAAAAAGCCUCAUACCUCAGCAUCAGCGAUUUUAUAUUUUUUCAAAGUUUUACGAUUGUGGGCAUCCAUUGAGGGUGCAGACAACUUUUAUCAGGUCACUAAUAUUUGCGUAUUUUUCCAA